UAACAAAAAAUAUUUUAAAAAUUUUUCGUUCAAUUCUUACGAAGCACUUACUAAUUAAGUCUCGAUGCUCGCUAGAUUUGUAAAUGCGUUGCCGACCAGGUUAUCCAAUCGGAUAACCCAAUUUUAUUUCCAAGUUUUAGCACGGCAGCAAAAGUCGCACACCCUGUCCGACUUGCACAUUGGCGCCAGAAUGGACGUGCAAAUAUUGCCCGCGCUGACCGACAACUAUAUGUACCUGCUUAUAGAUAAAGCAACUAGUGAGGCCGCUGUAGUGGACCCAGUUAUACCUUCCAAUGUUAUAAAUGCUGCUAAAGAAUUAGGAGUAAACAUUACUAAAGUGCUGACUACACAUCAUCACUGGGAUCACGCUGGAGGAAAUGAAGACCUCAAAAAAAUGCUUCCUAAUGUAGAAGUGUAUGGAGGAGACAACCGUAUUGGAGGACUAACACACAUGGUGGACCACGGCACAAAAUUUAAUGUAGGCAGCUUGAAUGUACAGUGUCUAUUCACACCGUGCCACACUUCAGGGCACAUCUGUUACUUUGUAUCGCCACCUGGAGAGGGAAAGGAACACGCUGUUUUCACUGGUGACACGCUAUUCCUGGGCGGAUGUGGCCGUUUCUUCGAAGGCACACCAGCACAAAUGUAUAAUGCACUUAUAAACAUUCUAUCUCAACUACCCGAAGAGACUAAAGUGUACUGCGGUCACGAAUAUACCCUACAAAACUUAAAGUUCGCAGCAUUCGUCGAGCCAAGUAACGUGAAUAUCAUGAAGAAGAUGAAAUGGUCAAUGGAACAGCGUGAAAAAGGAUUACCGACUAUACCGUCAACAAUAGGCGAAGAGAAAAUGUAUAAUCCAUUCAUGCGAGUGACGGAAUCCACUGUAAUGGAGCAUGCUGGAUUACCAGACCCUGUCUCCACAAUGCAGUUAAUUCGCAGCGAGAAAGAUAACUUCCAUUGAUAUUUCAUAUAACCAUUCAAGUAGAUUUAAGUGGUGUAUUUGCUGAAUAUUUCACAAAAUGGACGUAUUGUUAUUAUUAUCAGAACAUUUCAACAUGUAUAUAUAAAUCCAAACUAAUCAUUAAUUAGAAUUAUCAUAUAAUAAAAUUAAUGAAUUAGAAUUUACGGUGCUUCCUCUAAAUAUUUAAAUUGAGGUCUUUAUUACCAACACAGAGCAUCAAGUGGAUCACAUUAUUUAUGCACUUAGUUUACUACAGUCAACAGCAUGCAUAGUUUCACAAUCAAUAUAUGAUAAGAAUGACCCAAAGCGUAAAUGGCUGUGCUGUUAACUGCACCUUACAAAGUGAAAGAAGCAAAAUCCCGAGUACAUGUUACAUCUGUACGUACAAGGUAUAUGUUAAUCGUGACCUUGAAACUUCGGGAACAAUCUCAUCCGAGGUCAAACAUUUUUUCUGUCAUGCUUUAAGAAACAUUUAAUGUUCCAAUU